AUGGAGAUGGAGAUGAUUAGCAAGGAAAAAAGAAGAGAAAUAAUGGAGAGAGAAUUCGAUCGCAUAGGUUUCAUUCCUCCCACCCCACCACCAUCACCAUCCCCUAAUUCAUCAAUAUCUCAUCAUGAUAUUCAAGCUGGUUUUGAGCAUCAAAAAGUUACUAAAGAAAAAAAUUGCAACAUUAUAAGCAGCCAACUUGAGGAACUAUUGAUGGAGAAGUGUUUGAAGAAAUUAGAUCAUAAUAUACAACAAUUGAAGGAAGAAAACGACAACAACAAAAUACAACCAUCAUCAAAUAUUGUGCAAAAGCCUAGAUUUUUCACUUCAAAACGACUUCAUUCCAGCAUUAUAGCUUCCGAGACUACAAGAAUAUUCUGUGCUCUGAUAAUAGCUUUCUUGGUAGUCUUAUCUUAUGUUGAUUAUCCACUAUUUGGAAGGAACAUAGUGAGGGCUGAGAGUGUUAUAGCCUCAAGGCCUCUUUACAUUCUUCUACUAACUGAUGCAACGAUUGUGUUUGCUCGAUUAUACCUCGAAAAUCGAGGUGGCGACCUCGGUGACAGCAGCCUAGAGGAAGAAGAAAUGCCUCAGGUUCAGGAUGAUCAUGGACAUAAUUGGAUUCAAGCGGUCAAGUUUUUGGAGAGAGGGUUAGUGGUUUACCAAGCCAUUCGUGGGAUUUUCAUAGAUUUUAGUGUUUACGCAGUUAUUGUCAUCUGUGGCCUCUCUUUUGUCUAA